AAUCUCUCUUUAUCUUAUCACUAAUUUCUCAUUUCGUUUCCUUCUUACUUUGUACAUCACUGUUAAUAUACCUUCUCAGUUCUCUUCCUUCUUUUUAUUUUCAGAUCUCGAUUUUCCUUUUCAAUUUCUACAUGAUCUUUUAAUAUGCACCGAUAAUAAAAAAAAUAAAAAAAUUCCCGAUUGAACCCGGCAGUCGGUGAAAUCAUAAGCGAGUUUUUUCAUGCUUGUUGCGGUGAUCGGUGACUGACUCUGAUUCUUCAAGGUGCGAUUUUGGUUUUGAAUUAAUCCAUUUUCUGUGAACCAAAAUAAUCAAUAAUUUGAGAGAGGUCGCGUUAUUGGUGUAGUAGGUUUUGGGAAUAUGGUAGAUAGAAUGGGUUCUCUGAAAGGACAAGUUGUUUGCCUCACUGUUCUUGCUAAAGUAGGAGGGUUAUGCAGUGUCCCUAUGACUGGACCAAUGAACUACGCUAGGUGUAUUAGAAGUGAAUUUUGGGGACUCAGUGCUACCAAAGCUAAGGCCAGUGUCCUUUCUUGCCAUAUAAACAUGAGAAAGUGCAAGGCUGUGAAUUGCAGUUUCAACUCACCCUCAAAUGGCGGUGGAAGUAUGGCUGAAAAUUUUAAUGAAAAAGAUGAAGAUUUUGUUAACUCCAGUGUUGUUGAAGCUGUUGAGGUGAAAAGUGGAGCAGAUGGUUUCCUGAUCAAAAUGAGGGAUGGUAGACACUUGCGAUGCAUCCAUAACAACCCCCACGGAGGACUUCUUCCAGAUUAUGCACCACAUCCUGCUAUUGUGUUGAAGAUUGAGGAUGGGACUGGUCUACUUCUCCCCAUAAUUGUUUUGGACAUGCCAAGCGCAUUAUUGAUGGCAGCAGUACGCAAUGUUCAAAUAGCUAGACCUACUAUGUAUCAAGUUGUGAAGGAGAUGAUUGACAAGAUGGGCUAUGAAGUCAAACUUGUCAGAGUUACUAAGAGAGUUCAGGAGGCAUAUUUUGCUCAGUUAUAUCUUUCCAAGGUUGGAAAUGAGGCAGAAUGUAUUAGCUUUGAUCUUCGACCUUCAGAUGCUAUCAACAUUGCAGUGAGAUGCAAGGUGCCGAUACAAGUCAACAAGUAUUUGGCAUACAGUGAUGGAAUGAGAGUAAUUGAAUCAGGCAAACUUUCAACACAGUCCCCUGGAUCAGAUGGCCCAUUAUUUACUGAACUAGACCGGCCAAGUGGUAAGCCUUGUGCUGAAACCAAGGAGUUCAAUCUUCUGCACAACAUGUUGAAAGCUGUUGUAGAAGAGCGCUAUCAAGAUGCUGCUUUAUGGAGGGAUAAACUUAAUCAACUUAGGGCUGGAAAAAACGUGAAUAACAGAUCCUGGACACUAUAAAUUGUAUAUAGCAAUCCAACAUUAGAAUGUCAAUGGGAAUUGGUAGAGCCGAUACCUGUCUUGUCUUUUCCCUUCUUCCGCUUAUGUAUACGCUUAAUACGUUUGUGAAUAUUUGUAUAUAUAUCUAAACAUUAAUGCUAAUGCAUCAUCAGAACUUUAUCAUGCUUUUCCGCUAUUUGAUUCAAUCCUCUAUGAGCUGUUAAUUUGUAGUGUUGGUUUCAUUGGACUCGGCAUGCUGC